AUGCGGAAGGAUCUAGAAGGUCAGAUGUGCUCUCCCGCACCAAAUCCUAAAGAUGUCCAUCAAGAUGUGCGAAAGAUUAAGAAUCAGAUGGAGGAGGCAGCCCCCUCGUGGAGCCAAACUACACGACAUCCAAAGCAGGCAAUUGAAAACAAGCCUUUGUUCCAACCAUGGUUGAUGGAGUCGUUAGUUGGUCUAGGCUCAAGCCUACACACAUUUGUCCUAUCAACCCAGGACCUGAAACCUCAACUGGUGAGAGAUGUCCAAGUUCCGCCCUUCAUCAAUCCUAAUAUUCAAGAAGGAGGAAUAGCUAAAGAAAUGGGCAAAGAGCAAAUACCUAAUGAAGAAAUGAAUCAUAAGAAUGAAGUUUGGGAAGAACAGCUGCAAGCUAUGCAAAAAGCAAACAUGUCUGGUUCAUCGGAUGCUUUCAAUCCUUGUCCAAUGUCGAAUUCGAUCUUACCCCAAAAGCUCAAAGUCCCAAAUUUUGCGAAGUUUAGUCGGAGGCAGUUCUCAAAGAGUAGGGAGGAGAAGACGAGCGAUUGCUCUUAUCAAAAGAGGGAGAUGACAGCCCAAAGUCGCCCUAUGAUAGGAAAAGGGAAAGUAGUUUACCCAUAUCCAUGUGUUGCCCAUUUCCCUAAAAGCACCCCCCAGAAUAGUCCUAAUCGGGCAGUCAUCCAAGAGCAAAUUGAAGAUGCAAUCAAUAUGGGGAAAGCAAAGUGCUCAGAGUCAGAACGAAGCCUUGUUAAAUGGGUUGAUAGAAAGAAAAUCGUCUCCUCGGAUCCAUCCCAGCCUCGCCCACAACGACCCCUUCCUCUCUUCUCCAUCUUCAUCCCUCAGGGCCACCCAGCCACCUCACGCCCUCCAGCUCCGGCCUCCGACGAACCAGCAACACCAUCCCUAACUCAGAACCCCAUAGCUGUCUGCCACCCAGCACCAUCACUACCCCUCUGCAGCAGCAACAGCACACCAGCGCAGCCUCAACUCUGGCGAUCCUCCCUCACCAGCACCGAGCGUCACGGCCCGGCGUCGUCACGCUGCUCAUCUCUGCCGCUGCAACCACUCGAGAGCUACACAGCAACCACCUUGCGGCAAGCCUUCUCCCGGCCAACUCCGGCCACGCACAGUAACUCUACAACUCCGGCCAAUGAUCAGAGCUCCUCCUUUCCGGCGACCACAGCUCCCUCCUCGGCCUACACCAGGACCUCCGUUCUCCAUCAACACCAGAUUGAACCCGAACCUCCGAAUACUAGACCCGAGCACCCACUCCUCCGGUAA